AUGUUAUUCUCGGUGACUGCUGCUGCGAAUUUUCGCAGAUCGGCGAUAAAUGCGAGGAGAUGUUUGAACUCCCGCCGUGGCUUGCUCACAUUGGCAAUUGAAACGUCAUGUGACGAUACAUCAGUAGCCAUCGUUGAGAAAACAAAGAAAGACCCCAGAAGUGCAGCUAAAAUCCAUUUCCUUGAAAAUGUAACGGCCGACACGCGCGCACAUCGGGGAAUUCACCCUAUCAUCGCCCUCGAAUCUCACCAAGACAACCUCGCAAACCUUGUACAGAAAGCCCUUAAUCACCUACCGGAGUCAAAAACAGGCGAUGGACUCAAACUUGCAGAUGGAACUCGUCGCCGCCUCCCAGAUUUCAUAUCCGCCACAAGAGGCCCCGGAAUGCGGUCAAACCUGUCCGUUGGCCUCGACACUGGAAAAGCGCUGUCGGUUGCAUGGCAGAUCCCCAUGGUCGGAGUGCAUCACAUGCAGGCACAUCUUUUGACACCUGGGCUCGUAUCAUGUUUGGAAAAUGAAGCCAAAGCCGACCCACCCGCAACGACGCCCGAAUUUCCCUUCCUGUCCAUUCUCGUCUCUGGCGGCCAUACGACUCUAGUUCAAUCCAAAGGUCUCACAGACCAUAAGAUACUCGCUACAAGCGAAGAUAUAGCUAUUGGAGAGGCACUCGAUAAAUCCGCACGAGAUAUCCUACCCGAGUCUUUGCUUCAGGGAGCUAAAAGCACCAUGUACGGCAAGAGUCUAGAGCAAUAUGUCUUCCCCAAUGGCAAAGCCGAUUUCGCGGAUUACUCGCCACCAGAGACUCGGGGUCAAGAAGUAGCCAGACGUGUAAGCGAUUGGGGCUGGUCUCUUACGACCCCAUUUGCGAAUACGCGAACCAUGCAGUUCAGCUUUUCUUCGAUUUCGAGCAUGGUUGGGAAGAUCAUGCAAAGUAACGGUACGAAUAUUAAGAUAUCAGAUGCAGAGCGUGUCGAUCUAGGCCGCGAAGCCAUGCGUGUCUGUUUUGAACACCUUGCUUCGCGCACCGUUAUCGCUCUGGAGACUCUGCGGCCACACAAUACUGGCAAGGAUGAGAUCAACACCCUCGUUGUCAGUGGUGGUGUUGCCGCCAACCAGUUCCUCAUGAAAGUGCUUACUUCAUUUUUGGAAGUGCGCGGCUUUGGCCACAUGAAGAUCGUUGCGCCGCCUCCAUAUUUGUGUACCGACAAUGCGGCCAUGAUUGGAUGGGCAGGCAUUGAGAUGUUCGAGGCUGGGUUCCGAUCCGACCUUAGCUGUCGUCCUCUGCGGAAAUGGACCCUCGACCCGAAGGCUGAUGAUGGAGGCAUCCUUGGCCCAGGAGGCUGGAUCAAAGAGGGAUAA